UUGGCCCGCCGCUGCCACAAAAGUCAACCACGAGGUAUCGGAAAUUGGAGGAGAGAAUACCAAACGCCUCCAACCUCCUCCCCAAGUUCCCACCCCUUUAUCUUCCUCCAGUGCUUUUAUAUAUAAAUUUAUACUACCUUUUUCUCCCUCCACAAGUCGAGACAAAGAGCUUGGGAAAGAGGCAUGCAUGCAUGAUGGCGCUGAACCGCCUCUGCUUCAUGUUACCGGCCGACGCGGAUGAGAUCGAACCUUCUCCGCCCCAAUUCUCCGAGCAUUACUCGAUCAGAAGGAUAGGCCAGAGAAUUUCCGCGGCCUCUCGCCGCUCCCUCCAGUGGUUCUGCCAGCGGCAGUGGCUCGGCUUCUGCCGAUGCUUUCCCGACGACGACCACGACCUCUACGGCGAUUCCUCCAGCUUCCAGGACACCCCCGGCAUACCUGAAUUUCCCUACAAGAAGGUCGGCAGUGGCGGUCCCCGAAUUUUCAGCUACGCCGAACUCUAUAUCGGCUCGAACGGAUUCAGCGAGAAGGAGGUCCUCGGCAGCGGCGGGUUCGGCCGCGUGUACCGCGCCGUCCUCCCGAGCGACGGCACCGUGGUCGCGGUCAAGUGCGUCGCCAGCCAGGGCGACCGAUUCGAGAAGGCGUUCGCCGCAGAGCUGGUGGCGGUCGCGCAGCUCCGCCACCGCAACCUCGUCCGCCUCCGCGGCUGGUGUGUCCACGACGAGCAGCUUCUCCUCGUCUACGACUACAUGCCCAACCGCAGCCUCGACCGCCUCCUCUUCGCUCCCGCCUCCGCAGGGCCGCCGCUCGGUUGGGACCGCCGGCGGCGCAUCGUGUCGGGCCUUGCCGCCGCUCUCUUCUACCUCCACGAGCAGCUCGACACCCAGAUCAUCCACCGCGAUGUCAAGACCAGCAACGUGAUGCUUGAUUCCGAGUACAACGCCCGGCUCGGGGACUUCGGCCUGGCCCGGUGGCUCGAGCACGCCAACGAGCAGCUGGAGGUCUCGAUGCGGUCGGUGUCGGUGAACAAGUACCAAUUCCGGUUGACAGAGACGAGCCGGAUUGGAGGCACGAUCGGCUACCUACCCCCGGAGAGCUUCCAGAAACGCGGCAUGGCGACGGCCAAGUCCGAUGUGUUCAGCUUCGGGAUUGUCGUGCUGGAGGUGGCGACCGGGCGGCGGGCCGUCGACCUGACCUACCCUGAUGAACAAAUUUUCAUGCUGGAUUGGGUGCGACGCCUGUCGGACGAGGGGAAAUUCUUGAACGCCGGAGAUGGUAGGCUGCCGGAUGGAUCCUACUCUCUCGCAGAAAUGAAGCGGCUAAUCCAUCUCGGCCUCCUCUGCUCGCUCCACGACCCCCAAGCCCGGCCGACGAUGAAAUGGGUGAUGGAGACCCUCUCCACCCACUCCUCCGCCCAAUUGCCGGCCCUUCCAUCUUUCCAAUCCCAUCCCCAGUACAUCUCCCUUUCCUCCUCUUCCACAACAACCACCACCACCAUCACUACAACAAACACCAACUCCAACUUCCUCAGCGCUGCCGGCACUACCAUGUUCCUCACCGCCGACAAUGGCGGUGGCUCCGCAGGCGGCAGCGAGGGCAGACGCUGCUCGAAUUCGUUCCCCGACGUGGACACGCCCAGGGAGAUCUCCUACAGGGAACUCGUCGCCAUCACCAACAAUUUCUCCGAGUCCCAGAUGGUCGCAGAGCUCGACUUCGGCACCGGCUAUCAGGGCUACCUGGAGAACCGCUUCCAUGUCCUGGUGAAGAGGCUCGGCAUGAAGACAUGCCCCGCCCUGCGCGCCCGGUUCUCCAACGAGCUCCACAACCUCGCGAGGCUCCGCCACCGCCACCUCGUCCAGCUCCGCGGCUGGUGCACCGAGCAGGGGGAGAUGCUCGUCGUCUACGACUACUCCUCCAGUAGCCUUCUUGGUCACUACCUCUUCCACCACAAGAACUCAGUCCUGGCGUGGCACCACCGCUACAGCAUCGUCAAGUCCCUCGCCUCGGCCAUCCUUUACUUGCACGAGGAGUGGGACGAGCAGGUGAUCCACCGGAACAUAACGUCGUCCGCCGUCUUUCUGGAUCCGGACAUGAAUCCCCGGCUCGGGUGCUUCGCCCUCGCGGAGUUCCUGGCACGGAAUGCGCACGGCCACCAUGUUUCGAGCUCGCCUUCUUCCGCUCGCGGGAUCUUCGGGUACAUGUCCCCCGAGUACAUGGAGUCAGGGGAACCGACGACGAUGGCGGACGUGUACAGCUUCGGCGUGGUGGUUCUGGAAGUUGUGAGUGGAAUGAUGGCGGUCGACUUCCGAUCGCCCGAGGUUCUGCUGGUGAAGAAGGUGAGGAGUUUCGAAGCACGAAAGAGGCCUCUGGAAGAGCUGGCGGACCGGAGAUUGGACGGGAGGCUAGACCACAGGGAGAUGAUCAGGCUGGUGACGCUGGGAAUGGCUUGCACCCGCUCAAAUCCUGAAUCGAGGCCCAGCAUGAAGCAGAUUGUCAGCAUAUUAGACGGCAAUGAUGAGCUACUGAAGAUGUUGGGCCACAGGAAAGAAGGGAGGGAAGAUUGGGAAGGAAGGAAUGCCGCUUCUCUGUCCUUGAUCAAGAGAAUCCAGGCUCUUGGCAUACAUUGAGGCCUUGAACAACUAAAUUUUGAUGUGUUUGUGAUUCUCUUGUGAAGCAGGGGUCUUGAAUUUUUCAGUUUGUCAAGGAUUUUUCUGCUGCUGCUGCUUUUUUUUUUUGGUUUGUUUCGUUUGGUGUAAAUAGAGUUUUGCUACGUAAAAUGUAGUUGGUUCACAGUAUGAUAAUCUCGACUUUAGGUUGUCACAA